AUGGGUGGUACCGUUUCAACUCCUCAGACACAUAAGUUUCCAGUUCCAACAUUGGAAACCAGUGGCACUCCUCUUCGGCCGUCGAAGCUUCUAGUUAAUGUUACUAUCGAGAACACGUUGGGCGCAAUUCAGGUGCUCAUGUCGCCGGAAAAUACCGUCGGCGAUUUAGUAAAAGUAGCAUUGGUGACUUACGAUAAGGAGAAGAGAAGACCGCUGUUGAAAGACACCGAUCCAAAACACUACCAACUUCACUAUUCUCCUUACACCCUCCAAAGUUUGAAGGAAAAUGAGAAAUUGAAGAACUUGGGCUCAAGGAAUUUCUUUCUAUGCUCAAAUUAA